AUAGAUACGAAAAUCGACCCGGCGUAAAAGGGAAAUAGAUUAACUAAUUCGUUUCAUUUUUGUUUUCAUUGAUAUAUUUUUGUUAAAAAGGGGACAAUGCCGCUACCAUCUGAUGGAAAGAGUGUCUUAAUGACACCGGACCCUUAUCACACACCAGGGUAUGGUGGAUUUUGCCCUCAGUUUAAAUACCAAAUUGGAAACACAUUUGGAAAAACUACGUGUCGAUUAUUAGGGAAUACAAAUGUUGCUAGCUCCGGAAAAUUGGUUUUGGCAGAUAUACGAGCAAGCGCACCAGCUGCUCUAUACUCUGGUAGCAAGGACUUCCGGUCACAAUUGCUUCGUUCCAGGACCCAAAGCUGGGGUGACCAGAAACUUGUUGAAAAAAUGAUUCCUGGUUAUACAGGAUUCAUACCACGUAGCGAGCACUACUUUGGAAAAAGAUAUGCAGAGACAUGCAAAAGUGCAAUAACAGAUUUUGAAGUCGACCAAAAAGAUUACGAUUCAAAGUUAAAGGAUUUAAAACUAACGGAAGUAAUGCAACAAGGGAAGGAAGUCACAGGUCAAGACGGAAAAACAAUGCCGGCAAUUCGUAGCCGAUAUUUUACACCACUGAAACCAGUGUCAUCAGAAGCCAAACCAUAUAUUUCUAAAUCAAAAAUUCAACAUUCAAGAUCACCUUUUUAUAUGGCUAAUGGCGACCUACAGAAGUGCUUCAUGUCUGGAUAUACUGGUUUUGUUCCCCGUAGUAGAGGUCAACUUGGAAAUGGUUAUCCAAUCAUAACACAUCUCGCAUUGAACGAAUUUACAGACGAUAUAGUACGAGCCAAAUCAUUAGAUGGUUCAGAGAUGAGAAUGGUUCAAGAGACAAGACCUAAAUCAGAUGGAAAACCAAUAUAUCCAAUUGAAACAGGACUAGUACCACAUUACACCGGACAUAUACCAGGACAAAAAUUCAGGUAUGGUGGAACUUUCGGACACAGUACUGAGAAUGCAUUGAAAGUCCCAAAAGAAUUGACGAUGUCAGCUUGAAUAUGGAACAAUUAUGAAAGUGAAGAUAUAGUGAAGGAGAUAAGAAUAAACAGGAAAACCCAUAUUCAAAUAUCUGUGAUACCCAGCAGUAUUAUGUACAUUUUUUUGGCUUAUUUCUAUUGUUUUAUUGAGUCAUCUGUACCUACCAUUUGUGUUUCUUAGCUCAACCAAGACGAAUGUGAACUACAUGUAUUUUGUUGUAUAAAUUUGGAGGAAAACACUUAAGUGCUACCAUAAAGUAUUAUACCUGUUGUUUUUGAUAAAUCAAAGCAACAUUGAUAGAUUUGAAUUGAUAUGUUUAAUCAAUUUUAAACAAACGGCAUUGCUAGUGUUCAGAAUUUAUUCAUUUUGUUUAUAAAUGUUUGUAUUGCUCAUGUGUUUUAGUAAUGUUAUGUAAGCUGCAGUAAUGUUUUACGCUAUAGUUCGAAAAUUAUAAAAUCAAAUAUAAACACGUAUAUGAAAGUACCUCAAACUUGAAUAGAAAUAAACCACUCGAUAAUAUACUUUUAUCCAUGUGUGUUUUCUAGUCUGUUAAAAUAUAUGUACGUAUUACAACUUUGGAACAGGGUUACGAUGACAAAGCAUUAUUUUUUAAUAUUCAGGUUAUAAUUAUCCUCAACGCAGCUUACAUGAAAAACAUAUUGCACAUUAAGUAUUUAUGUUCUUCCAAUCAGAUUGUGUUCCCUUGCCCACUAACCUCUACCAAUUCUUGAAAGUUGACUUAUAUAAAAUGUUGGCAUUAUAUAAAUAUGUUGCUGUAUAUCAUGCUAGUAUCAUAUUUCGAAUUGUUCAUGCUUAAGAAUAAAAUAUCUUAAACCUUU